GGCUGAAGGAAGAAGAAUAAAAGAAAAUUACAAAGCUCUAAGCUUAUGGCGGCUUAGCUUCCUCACCCUCAGAAUUUUCCUUGUGACUUUAAUUUUUUAUUUAUCGGAAAUUUGAUCGAUUGAAGAUGGGGGAAGGAGAAACGGUUUCGGAUUUCACACCAAAGAAAUUGGCGAGGCAACUAGAUUUCACGGCGGGGUGUCGCGCGUCCGGAAAUGCGACUUUACCGGAUCACCCGAUGCAUUUGCAGUCGCAGCCGCAACCGCAAUGGCAAUCACAUACGGAGUUGCCGACGAAGCCACAUCAUCAAUCGCAGGAGCUGCAAUUGCGGUUGAGUUCACAGCCGCAAACGGUGCAGUCGCAGCUGCUGCCACAACUAAAACCUCAGUCACCGUCAACGCCACUAGUUCAGACACGGAGGCCGCCUCCUCCGCCUUCGCAGCCGGUUACCGUCAUGCAACGGGUGCCUCAUCCAGUUCAGAAGCUUCCGAUGCAAACAUUUCAGUCGAGCAAGCAAGAGUCCCCGAGGUCCAGACCACGAGCACAUGCUGAAGCAAAAGAUGGAACUCCAAAGAAACAGAAGCAGUGUAAUUGCAAGAAUUCUCGGUGUUUGAAGUUGUACUGUGAGUGCUUUGCUUCUGGAAUGUAUUGUACUGAUUGCAAUUGCAUAAAUUGCCAUAACAAUGUGGAGAAUGAGGCAGCAAGGCAAGAAGCAGUUGGAGCAACCUUAGAACGCAACCCAAACGCGUUUAGACCGAAGAUUGCCAGCAGUCCCCACAGACCUCAGGAUACAAGGGAUGAUGCAUAUGAUGUCCAAAUGGUCGGAAAGCACAAUAAAGGAUGUCACUGCAAGAAAUCCAGUUGUCUCAAGAAGUAUUGUGAGUGCUUCCAAGCUAAUAUUUUAUGCUCUGAAAAUUGCAAGUGUGUGGACUGCAAGAACUUCGAUGGAAGUGAAGAAAGAAGAGCUCUUGUUCAUGGUGAUCAUAACUCAAUAGCUUACACACAGCAGGCUGCAAAUGCAGCCAUUAGUGGCGCUGUUGGUUCUUCUGGCUUUGGGAUUCCUUUGGCAUCCAAGAAGAGAAAAAGUGAAGAGCUCAUUUUUUGUCUACCAUUGAAAGAUCAAUCAGUUCAAAAAAAUGUUCAACAGAAACAGGGAAAACGAUACGAAUAUCUCUCGAAUUCCAACCAGGAAAAUCAUCUAAGAGAUUUCUUGGCCACAUCUCCAUUAUCUGCUCCUGCCUCUGGCACUGCUAAUACAACAUCAUUGGGAUCUUCAAAAGUCACAUACAGAUCACCAUUGGCAAACAUCCUCCAACCACAGGAUGUCAAGGAGCUGUGCUCCGUUUUUGUGUUAUUUUCAUCAGAAGCUGGAAAGGCACUUGCUUCGGAGAAAAGUAGCAAAAAGGAUCAACAAACAGAGGAAGGCUCUAUUGAAACUACAGUUUUAUCUGGUCACUUGCAUGAAAUGAGUCACAAAGGUUAUGAUGUUCCAAGCGCUGCCACUGAUGACCUUAAGAGUGAGAACCAGGGAGAUGCAGAUGGAAGUGGCAACUCUGGAGCAGAUGAGAACGAUGUGCAGAAUGGAAGGCCCUUGUCUCCUGGAACACGUGCAUUGAUGUGUGAUGAAGAAGACACAAUGUUUAUGGAAGUGAAGUCACCUAAUUUAUUGACAAAUCAUUCUCGAAAUGUCACUCAGAAAUCAUCUAAUGGCCAUGAGUGCACAGAGGUCUAUGCAGAGCAGGAAAGGCUUGUUUUGACAUUGUUUCGUGAUUUUCUCAAUAAACUCAUUACUUGUGGGAGCAUAAAAGAGACAAUGCGAUCUCCGUCGGCUAGAAGUGAAAAAAGAAGUAAAGAAGAACCCAUGGAAAAUGGUGCUGGGAAAUCCGGGAAUGCAGCAGUUAAGGAGCCUUAUCCUAUCGGAAUUGUAAAGUCUCCGAUCCCAGCACCUGUAGAAACAGGUCACGCUCUCCCUGCAGUAUCUUCUGCUUUGAAUACAGAUCAGCCUUUAAAACACAAUUUGCCCAACCGAGACACGAAAAUGUAGAGAUUCGAAGCUUGAAUUAGCGAGUAAGAUUGUUCUCAUUAUCAUCUGGCAUUCUUUCUUCGUGUUUCAUUAUAUUCCCGCUUUUUAUUCUUGGAUCCUUUAUUAGGUCCAAACUCCAAUAGUGUUAAGAGUUAACCAUGAUAGCUAGACACGUUAGACCCUUACCAUCUUAAGGCAUUAGGAACAGAUACACUGUAUGUUUUGGAUUAUUUUUGGGGCUGUCUUGCUAGUACGUACAGGGUGAUGGAAUUUCAGUUAAAACCCUUAAGCUGUAUAUUUCUCAAUAUUAUCAGUUCUGUUGGAGACACCAUGCAUCCAAUUCCGACACGUUUGAUCGAGUGUUUACCAUUUUUACUGUUAUAAUUCGAUUUUUCAUAACAAUAUGUAUGCAAUGGAGUCAGUAUCUUGUCUGUGUUUU